CUGGCUGCAGGAGUUGGCCAUUUGGGGUGACACGUGGGCACCCAGCUCCAGGCCCACUGCAGGGCCCAAAGCCCUCUCCCCACCAUCUCCCUUCCCUCGUGGCUCCUCGUGCAGCCCUGUGAAGGGGCAGGGCGGGCAGGGGUGCCCCACUUCACAGACAAGGAGCCCGAGCCCCAGAGCUCAGGCAUCAGGGCGGCUCCUGGGCUGUGUCCAGUUCCCCUGCUCCCCGAGGACCUCACGGGUAAGUGCGGCCUUUGACCUGUGGCUUCUCCCCUGGGAGGAAAGUGGAGACCUCCUCCAGCCACUGCACAGCCCCACUCAGACUCAUGGGCCACGAGGCUGCCCCUCCCGGUGGCAGGAACAUGUUCCAGAAGGCUCCACCAACCCGUGAACUUUCGAGAGGGCCAAGGAGCCUCUGAAAUAGCUGCUUUGUCGCGAGCCCCAGAACCCAACCCCCCCUGGGGACAGUAAACCGAGAGCUCAGUGGAUCACAAGGUGCUGCUGUGAGGGGCACAGGACGGCCCAGUUCCCGAAUGCUGGCCCCUCGCCUGUGCCCAGACCCUCGCCUGCCUGGCUGGAAUCCCCGCCUGCCACGGUGGUUCUUGCUUGACGCCGACUCUCCGUGAAGUGGGGCCAGUGACACACACCUGCUCAGGGGCUGUGGGCAGAUGCACCUCAGGCUGGUCCUCCUGAGGACCUGGAAAAGGGCGGUGGUCACCCCACUUGGAUGGAGAGUUCCAGGCCAGCUCCAGACUGGCCCAUGGCCAGCACGCCCCACCACAGGUGGUCAGCGUCCAGCCAGGAUGACCAGGGCCCACUGAUCUAGAGACUAGACCAAGCCCCUGGGCCUUGAGUCUCAGCCAGAGGAAGUGGUGCUUCAGGUAACCAGGAAGGCUUCCUGGAGGAGGCAGCCUUGGGAUGGGCCUUGAAGGACUGAGAGAAUUUCCCCAGCGGUACCGAGGGGUCAGAUGGUUGCCACUUCCACCUCUUCUGAGCAGAGUAAAGGAAUUGGUGCGCAUCACUUACCAUCUCAGACCCUCAGUCUUUUCUGUGAAAUGGGGGGUACCUCAAGGUGGCCAGGCAGCAAGAGGUGAAGGCUCAGGCUCAUGUCCCUCAGGGCUUGGGAACAGGGGCCUCUGCAAGGCCAGGGGCCCCAAGGCGGCUGGGACAGUGAGCCCUCUGGCAGCCUCUGCAGCCCGAGGGCAGCUGGGAGUCUGGUCUGGGCCCCUGGGAACCCCACUCGGGGGCAGGAGCUGGCACCACGCAGGGUCCCGCUGUGCACACCACUGCCUGUCCACUGCAGGGCCAGGAUGGAUGAGGACUAUUCCUCCCAGAUGAAGAAGGUGGCCUUGGCCAUGGGCACAUCCCUGUCAGACAAGGACAUAGAGCUGCUGCCCGCAGACAUGAGGCACCACGGUUCCUUCAACUACCUCAAGUUCUUUGAGUACAUGCAUAAGUUCCAGGCCUCAGGGCAGCUGGAGGGAGUCAUCCACAAGGCCUUCCAGACCCUGGACAAGGACAAGAGUGGCUUCAUCGAAUGGAAUGAGAUCAAGUACGUCCUGUCCACCAUCCCCAGCAGUGGGCCUGCUGCCCCGUUGACGGACGAGGAGGCGGAGGCCAUGAUCCAGGCAGCUGACACUGAUGGGGACGGGAGAAUUGACUACGAAGGUGGGUGCACAGACGGGGACCCCCCCACCCCCUCCAGGUCCCACCCCCGUGGUCACUCGCACUUGGGCAGUUUGCACUGCGUCAUCCAUCGUCAUCUCCGUGCAGAGCCGUGCGGCUCCCCGGUCAGGUGCAGACCCCCCAUUUCCUGAAGCUUACAGGAACUGUGGUGGGCACCAUCCCCAACUCACAGAUGGGGAAACUGAGUCUCAGAGAUGCUGAGUGGGGCAGGGCCGAGGGGGUGCUGCGAGUUUCUCGCUGGCGGCCUGAGCCAGCUCUGGGGACGGUCACCCAGGCUGAGGGUCAGUGGUAGGUUAGCCAAGGAGGAGAGGUCCGAGGCGUGGAGGGAGGUUUGGAGGCAGGAACCAAGGCCUGGGAGCUGCAGAGGUGGACACAGGCGGACGGAGGUGGUGUAGGCCGAGGGGGGCCCCAGGGGAAUCGGUGUGGGGGUGCCAUGUUCAGGGAUGUAGCCUUCCUCGAGGUUCUCCAGAGCUGCUCUGGGGUCUGCGUCAUCCUGCCACUCCCCCACCCUCCCC